AUGCCGAUCAUCCCUGUUUUUGCUUAUUUUCAAGCCUGGCGGUACUCAUCUGGACAGCUGUGGACUUAUUGGCAAUCAGAAUGCCAUCGGCUAUUGGUCAGAGAUAUAGAGCUCUCCAUCACCCAUGAUUCCAGUGACGCUGGUUAUUUAUACUUAAUCGGACGUGUCCUUUCAGGCGACUCUGAUUCGGAUUUAUGGCAUCGAGACACUCGUAUAAUUGAAUCCAGUGGGGGUCCAACCGCCUGGUACUUUAGAUUUGUCUCACGUCUCUUCUAUACAACUUUGAGUAGCCAAUCGUCAGUUGAUGUUGAACAUCUUUCUUCAGCACUUACUCAAUGGAGACGGGAUGAGGAGCGAGAUUCUAUUACUCUUACAGAAGGACAGGCGAUAAAGUAUGGUGAAGAUUUCCAAGAACCUCAGCCGAUUGAUGAAGUAAUCCACUUUUGA